CAGUGCUGUCUGCAUCCACACACCAAGCACGGCGAGACUCGCCAACAUAACUGUCAUAAAACUGGUACAAAGGAGUGAAAUAUACAGUCACUUUCACCCCCCGACACUGAAGUUCUCUCCCCGUUUCCCUCUCACUCAUUCGAUGCCCAGCGGCAUAAAGAGGCCGGUCCUCGACAGAUGCCCAGCUGGCCCCACGCGAACUGGCAGUCCUGAUCGCCCAGAUGCUCGUUGAAGCCCUUGACCACACCAUGCACGCCAUGCAGUGCCGCCUCGUCCAGCCGGGCCCGGUGCACCACCUCACGCACACCCACCAGGCGGGGCCCCACACCAUGGCUGCCCCUCACGGCGAAGCACUGCAGCGGCGGGACGGUCACCUUGACGCGCUUGUCGCCCUGCUGCUGGUAUCGCGUCCCGCCCACCACCUCCCUGUUGCUGCUCGUCUGGGUGGGCCGCCGACUUGACGAAGUGGCCGACGGCCGCACCCACGCGGCGCCUCAGCAGCGACUCGCCAAUGAGGUACUGGUUGAUGGCGGCCACAGCAGCGGGGGGCUCGUGCAGGAAGGCGCCGAUCUUCCAUCCGAUGGCCUCAGCCUCGUGUGGGCCGAAUGCCAUGUUGGAUGGGGAGGGGUGGGGGUGGGCGCCGUCGUGGUGGGGGGCGAGGGGCAGCAGACGGGCGAGAAGCAGCGAGUGGUCGCGCUGGGGGGCGAGGGCGCCGUUGAUGGCCGACAUGACGACCUCCGACAGCUCAUUCAGCACUGUGGCGUACUCGGCCAGGACCAGGUGACGAUGACGGCGCUGGUCGGUUGCGGUGGGCAGGCGGGCAAUCGAUGGGGCCGCCCCGCCCCGCAGCAGCACACCGAUGAUGGUCUUGUACUGGCGGAUCCAUCUUGAGUGCUCCUCGCCCUGCUGCUGCUGUUGCUGGAUGUGGCGAUUGAGCCAGUCGGCAGCGACGGCGAGGGGUGUGUGGUUUGGCUGAUUCGUCAUGCCUCUGUUGACGUUGUCGGCUGUGAGAUGGCGGCACAGCCAAUGAGCUACACAGGGAGAGUUACGCAAUGCUGCCAACUGUAGUGGCGGGAUGGCCCUGUUGUCUGCUGCCGUCAUAUCGGCUCGGUGGCUGGUGAUGAGGGUGAGGUACUGGUCGAUGAAGGACUGGGAGAAGAAGCUCGAAGGGGCCAUGGCUGCCAAAUUCACCAGACUGUCUCCACCGGGCCCGCCCCGCUCAGCUGCGAGUGUGCUGUCGUGUUGGAGGAGCCGACGGAAGACAGAGAUGGUGGCGUCCUCGUACUCACGGGUGGCGGAAGGGGCGGCACCACCGACGUAGGGAAGCCGCAUCACAGCAAAUCCACGCACGUCGACCUGUCGCGCCAGGAGGACCUCCACAGCCGUCAGAUUGCCCGCACGAAUCGCCACCAUGAUGGGCGUGCUAGACCCUCCGCCUCCACCCGCAUUGACGUCCGCCCCGCCGUCGAUGAGUGCAUUGAGGAUGUCAUGCUGCAGCUGACGGGAAGACCACUGCGGCAGGACCACCGGCACGGAGCCAUAGGCGCCGCUCUGCGCAGAGAAGGAUAGGCUGUCUGUUGGGCUGUCGAUGGCGAAAGACAGACAUCUGUAUCGCCAGUACGGGUCGUCUGUGGUGCCGCGGACGCGCAGGCCGCCGACAGCUCUCGGGUCAGCUCCUUGACGUAUCAGCUGUGUGACUUGGGCGGCCUCCGUCACGGUGCGGCGAAUGCAGCCCUCCAGCAGCUGGCGAGUUACAACACUGACGCCCUCAUCGGGGACGAUGUCGACGUCGUCCAGCCCCUUGCAGCCGUGUGGCGGCACAGCCGGAGGAGGUGCUUGUGAUGCGGCAGACGACAAUUGGGCCAU